UGUUGUUUGCAGGCAACCCUUCCUGUGAAGAGUGUGGCAGCAGCUGCUGCGAAAAACAAGGAUGACCUGGUGGUCGCUGAAGUCGAAAUCAAUGAUGUUCCCAUCAACUGUCGAAAUCUGCUCACCCGGGGGCAGACUCAGGACGAGGUCAGCCGGCUGACUGGAGCAGCUGUGUCUACACGAGGGCGAUUCAUGGCACCAGAGGAGAAAGUACAGGCUACCCCAGGCGAUCGUGCUCUGUAUCUGCACAUCCAAGGGCAGACUCGGGAUGUUGUUGACAAGGCUGUGAACCGGAUUAAAGAGAUCAUUGCAGGUGGAGUUAUAAAGGCUGUUAGUGCUUCCGGCUCGCAGUUCAAUGGUCCAAUGGUUACUGUCUAUCACCAGCCAGCCCCUGUUACUCAUCCUACAACCACCACAGCGAAAUCACAAGCUGGGAUGCAUUAUGUUCAGGAUAAAGUUUUUGUGGGUCUGGAGCAGAUUGAUCCAGCUUUUAACAUUAAAGAGAAAGUGGAGGGGCCAGGCGGAUCCUACCUGCAACACAUUCAGGCUGAGACUGGUGCCAAAGUUUUCCUGCGUGGGAAGGGUUCAGGCUGCCUGGAGCCUGCCUCUGGGAGAGAGGCCUUUGAACCAAUGUACAUCUAUAUCAGUCAUCCCAAACCAGAGGGUCUUUCAGCUGCAAGGAAACUUUGUGAGAGCUUGCUGCAGACUGUCCACAGUGAGCAUUCCAGGUUCCUAAGUCAAAUGAAUUCAUCAGUCAUGCCACCACAAGGUUACCAGCAGGUACCUGGAGCUGUGCCCCAGCAGCAUUAUUACCCUGGCCAGGGUUACCAGGCCAGGUACCCAGUGGGCCCUAUUCCGCUACAGUCCUCACAGAGUUCAUAUCCCAGACCAUGUGGUCCUGAAGCUGCACAGUUCCCAGUGUCGGGAGCAGCACAGCCCCUGGCUGUGCCUGGGCAGCAAAACCCUGUGGUUGGCAACUACGCCACGCCAUUACCUGUGAAUACACCUGCUUAUGAUGGGAUGAUGGGUGCACCGAGACCCUCCACUCACCUCCCUCCACCUCAGGGCCACAAGAGACGCUUCACUGAAGAGAGUGAAGAGGAAUCGGCACUGCUGGGCUACCAGCAUGGACCCAUUCAUAUGACUAAUUUAGGUACAGGGUCCUCUCAGACCGGACGGAGUGGAGCUGGUAUGGUCUUCGCUGAUCCCUGCGGCAGAGCCAAGGAGAGGGACAGGCAGCUGAUGCCCCCACCACCACGACUUCUCAACGAAGGAUUCGUGCAGCCAGAAGAUCAGUGUGGGAUGUACAGACCUCCAGCGUCUCUGGAUCGUCUUGGGGAGCCCUCGAUGAAGAUGAGGAGGAUGAGUGAGAGGGGAUCGCGGCUUGUGUCCUACGGUGGGGAUUCGUCGGAUGAGGAAGAAGAACAUUCCAGAAGGAGGCAGAGUAUGGUGCAGGGCUGGAGUGCAGAGUGCCGGUACACACUACCUCCUCAGCGAGCCCAGCAACAGAUGCCCUUCUGGAUGGCACCGUAGUUGACUGGUUCUUGGAAAGUAAGACUGGGCCCACACUCACCUGAAAGAUCACGACGGCCCUCAAAGUUAAUGUGAACUAUUGGCAUGCAGAUUGGCACAAAGACUCUUGGCUGAGUGGAACAGAGCUUCUACCUAUGUGGCCAUUCUGAUGCUGCACGGUUAAGAGUGUUAGAGCUUCAAACAUUAUGCUUUUCUUUGGGAGGGAGGGCUGGGAAUGUUUACCAAGAAAUUGCUUUAUUCUCAAAGUUUGAAGUUGACUUCUUUUGUUUCCCUUGCGGUUUCCCAGGAGUCUCCGGGACUCGUGUAGCAAUGUGAGGGUUGGUUUCUGCACAUGGGAUUGUUGGGUUUGUGUACCUAAGGUUGGAAUCUCUCUCAUUGCCAAGAGGGAGCUGACUCUCGGCAGGGGAAUGGAUCAAGCUGCACUGACUGACAUUAGGGAUGUACUUAUCAUUUUUGCCUAUGAGUGUCUGAUCAGAGGCCUUCACAGAUUACAAAGUGGGCCUGUAAAUGUUGGAAAGAGCGAGAGAGACAGAAGCUCUGGGAUGAAGCUGAACGAAUAACUAGAACUCUGGAGCAGUGGGCAAACUCUUGCAGCUGUGUUCCUUCUUGCUAAGAGUUCGCUUGUUUAUUCCAGGCCUUAUUCCCUCUACCUAUCCAGGUGUGAGUUUGUAGAGUACAUUCCAAUCAAAGUUGCUGCUGCCCCGCUAAUGUGUCUGUGUAUUGCAGGAAGCCUGCUCCUCAAACUCCCUGUCCUGCACCCCCAGUCUUGCAGAUAACAGCUUCUGCGUCGUGUUAGUCUGAGUGAGGUGCCCUGUUCGGUUCACAUGAGGUAUGUGGCAGCCAGCUGUCUCUGGAGCCCCAUCUGUGACACAGGAACCCAAACCCAUUCCUUCCCUCCUUCUGUUCCCCAGGUUGGAUCUGAACACUGCCACCAUCUGACCUGAACAGUCUAAUUUUAUAGACUGUAUGGUAGUUGGUAGUGCCCUGGCACAGGGCUUAGCCUAAGUUCAUAAGAAAUAGCAGGUGUAGGUCAUGUGCUGCGGAGCCUGCUCUGUCAUUUCAGUAAGGUCACGGCUGAUUCAUCUGUGGUCUGAAUCCCACUUUCCAUCCUCCCCCUGUUAUCUUCCAAUCCCUCAUCAAUCAAAAGUUUGCCUUUGAACAUUUUCAAACCUCCAUGCUGUGGGGAAGUGUUCUACAGACCCAACAGCCCAUUGAGAGUAGAAAUUAUUCUGAAACAAGAAUGCCAAGUUUGAGGUUCCCUCCAAGGGGGAAUAUUGUCUCAAGAUUUGAGGGGUAGAUACUGUGUUCUCAUAAUAUCAUCUCUUUCUUCUGAACUCUAAUACAUACAGGUCCUAACGUUUCCUCAUAAGUUUCAUCCCUUGAUGUGUCCUGAUGGUCAGCUCUGCUUCUCACUGCUGGCAUUUAAAGGGCAUCACAGCUGCCAGACUACAUCUGUUUUGACAGAUGCUGUAGAGCAGCCAGGCAGAGUAUUGUACACAAACCCAAGAAACUUCCUGUAGCCCUUCUUCGCAAGGUGGUUGUUUUAAGAGUUAUACACAGGGACUGCUAUUGUCAGCUUCUGUCUGUCUUAUAUUUAUCUGUCAAAAUGCACCUUCCUCUCCCUACCCUGAAUUAGUUCAGACUCGAGCUAAUGUGCAGGGCCAAAGCCAAUCUAUGAACUCUGCCGAGAAUGCAUUGACAGCUGGGGUCUCUUCUAUGAGUCAAGGGGCCUGAAAUCCAUUCCCUGGAGUGCACAAUGUAGGUUGACACAGCAGGGGAGCAGUGAGAGGGUAUUCUGUACUGUUGGACAGUCAGUACCGAGGGAACACCAUGCCGUUGGAUUGGUCAUCAUUUAGAUGAGAUGUUAAACCUAACCCCUUGGUAGUAAUCUUGAAGAUCAGGGAGUUGUCUCUGAUGUCCUCAGUCGACAUCACACACAACUUAACUUGCCAUUGUGAUCUUGCUGUGUACAAAUUGGCUGCUACGUACAACAUUGACCAGAGUUCCAUAAGUACUUUACCGCAGCAGCCAGUGAUGGAUAAUGCUAUUGAUUUGCAUGUUGCCAUCUGGAUUUGAUCCAUUACCUGAGUAUGGAACUUUAAACUGUAAUGGAUUAGGAGCAGCUGUACCUGCCUAACUCUCAGCUAACGCCUUUCCGUUGAGAGUUGAAUUUGAGAGGAAAAUGAUUAUAAAAGUUGUGAUUUUUGAACCUGUGUGCACUCCUCUUACCUGCAUGCGUGCCACAUGCCUUCAAACGGUAAUGUUGAUUAAAAACCUGGGAGUUGGAAUAAUGAACAUUAAUUUCUGGCUGUUAUAGCCGUGUUGGUUAUAGUCUCUCACUUUCUGUAAAUAUUAUGACAAAGUUCUUACCUUGCCCUUUGUAAAUAAAGUCAAGCUGAAUAUUAUUCUCUAAA